AUGACAAAAGCCAGUGUAGCUGUGAUGCCAAGAGCAGAACCGGAGGUACACCAGCCCGAGGAGCAGAAACCGCACGAUGGUCCCAUGUGCAAGAACUGCCAUACUUUAACAACACCGCUCUGGCGCAGAAACGAGCAAGGAGCAGUUCUUUGCAAUGCAUGCGGCCUGUUUUUGAAACUGCAUGGCCGUCCCAGACCCAUCAGCCUCAAAACGGAUGUGAUCAAGUCGCGUAACCGGAAAAGCGCACAUUCGUCUUCCAAUCCGAAUUCUACCAUGCUAAAUCAAUCGCCCGGAGACAUGCGGAAGAAAGAAAACAAGAAACGUAAAAUCCAAGACCUUCGCGAAAUAAGCGCAGCAGAGACUUUGGAAACAAUCUUGAAGUUUGAAAAUGGUCCCCGGUCCGUAAAUAAAAACCAAGAUCAAUUGCAGCAGCAUAACGAAAGCACACCAUCGAACAGAAGUACGCCAGGAGUCACCGGCAUGAUGGCCCCAUCUCAGAAUAUUUUGUCUGCGUCUAAUGAUAGGUUGUCUCCUCGACCUCCUCCAGCUACCUCUGCGCUUCCCAGUGCCCAAAACUCUGGCUCGCUGCCGCAUUUGUCGAUUUUGCUAGAGUCCAUGAAAAGCGCCGAAGAUCGUAGCCGAGAACAGCAAAAGCACAAAGAGGUUUCAGCCUCCUCCCUAGAUCCCGAACUCCUGAGGGACCAAGCUCGGUACCACCAGCAACAUAACGUAGAAUCCCCUAGGCUGACCGCAGCUGUCAAAAUGCCACUGCCCUUAAGACAGCAAUCGGACAGCAAUCAGCGCACAGAAUCCAAUCGCUCCCUACAGCCCGUCGGUUCCAACUCUCCUCCUGGCAAUGAGAGCCAGGACCACGCCUACACAACCUAUAUGCAGCGCAGCCCAAGCUCGCGACAUUUCUUACCAGGUCGAUCGUUGGCAGACCACGGGCAAGUGCCUCACGUUCAUAUGGCAUCUAUCAACGAAAUUCUUGGCAAUCAAAGAUCGAACAUCGAAUCUCCAUCUUCCUUUGUGGUACCCAUGGGAACUCAUAACUCUGGUCAGCCGCCAAUUCCUCAAGCUCAAUCGCCAAGGCUCAAGAAUGUUACUUCCACUACAAGCACCUACAGCACUCAAAGAUUACGGCGCAACAGCUCAGAGGUUGAAAGUGAAUCUUAUCCCCGCGCAGAUUCGCAAGUUUCAGACUCCCCGCCACCAAUAGACAUUCAGACUAGUUUGCCAAUUGAACCGGGCACGGAAAGCAGGUCUGCUAUGAAUCAUUCAGCAUCCACAAAACACCACCGUCAAAAGAUAGCUUCGCUAUCCAACGGCCAUCGCCAAGAAAGUGAAAAACAUUUUUACGGCAAUGGACACGGCGGAGGGGCUCAGGCCAGCAUUCGCACGUUGACACCACACGACAGUCGGCACAGUUCUGGUGAAGUCAUAAUGCCCGCAAGUGCCUCCCUCAUGAGUUUGCUGCAAAGUCAAGAAGAGGUGAUCAAGUUGAAGACUCGCAUUAGUGAGUUGGAACUUGUCACCGAUUUGUACAAAAGACACAUAGUCGAGCUGGAUACAAAAUGUAGGUCUCUGGAAGAGAGGCUGGGGAACAGGAAUUAG